CCACGAUGCCGCGGGGCCCUGCCUCGCUGCUGCUGCUGCUGCUCGCCUCGCACUGCUGCCUGGGCUCGGCGCGUGGCCUCUUCCUCUUCGGCCAGCCCGACUUCUCCUACAAGCGCAGCAACUGCAAGCCCAUCCCGGCCAACCUGCAGCUGUGCCACGGCAUCGAGUACCAGAACAUGCGGCUGCCCAACCUGCUGGGCCACGAGACCAUGAAGGAGGUGCUGGAGCAGGCGGGCGCCUGGAUUCCGCUGGUCAUGAAGCAGUGCCAUCCGGACACCAAGAAGUUCCUGUGCUCGCUCUUCGCCCCCGUCUGCCUGGACGACCUGGACGAGACCAUCCAGCCGUGCCACUCGCUCUGCGUGCAGGUGAAGGACCGCUGCGCCCCGGUCAUGUCCGCCUUCGGCUUCCCCUGGCCGGACAUGCUGGAGUGCGACCGUUUCCCACAGGACAACGACCUCUGCAUCCCCCUCGCUAGCAGCGACCACCUCCUGCCGGCCACAGAGGAAGCCCCGAAGGUGUGUGAAGCCUGCAAAACUAAAAACGAGGAUGACAACGACAUAAUGGAAACUCUUUGUAAAAAUGAUUUUGCACUGAAAAUCAAAGUGAAGGAGAUAACCUACAUCAACAGAGACACCAAAAUCACCCUGGAGACCAAGAGCAAGACCAUCUACAAGCUUAACGGUGUGUCUGAAAGAGACCUGAAGAAGUCUGUGCUGUGGCUGAGAGACAGCCUGCAGUGCACCUGUGACGAGAUGAACGACAUCAACGCGCCCUAUCUGGUCAUGGGACAGAAGCAGGGCGGGGAGCUGGUCAUCACCUCAGUGAAGCGGUGGCAGAAGGGCCAGAGAGAGUUCAAGCGCAUCUCACGCAGCAUCCGCAAGCUGCAGUGUUAGUUUCCCAGCGCGGCAGCCUCUUGCUACUCAGGCCCUGGGCUCCGUGAACCGCUUCCGCUCUGCGCCGUCACUUCCGGUUUCCCAAGCACAGUCCCGAAAGCUCCAGCCGCAGCUUGGAGCGCCUUGCCCUGCCUCUUGCAUGUGUGUGUCCCUAACAUUUCCUGAAUUUUAUAAAGGCCCUAGGAGGCCUCUGGAAUGGACAGCUGUUUUCACGGAAAGCCAGAGUCCUUCCAGAUCUUGUAGAAAUAUUCAAACUAAUAAAACCAUGGCUAUUUUAAUGAAGUUUUACAACAGCUCAUUUUAAGGUUAGUUGUGAGUAGGUAGUGCUGUGACCUGAGGGGCAUUUCCCUCUUUGGUCAGUCUGCUGCUUUAUACUGUGCGCUAAGGUUGCCACUUAGGCAGACUCUUUUUUUUCUCUGGGGUCUAAACGUGUGGGUCCCAGACUCGGUUGAGAUAAAGCUGGCCGUUAUCUCAACGUCUCCCUCGGCUCCAGCCUGAGAGCCAGAGUCUGCGCCUUAAACCAUUGCAUUGCUCCUCAGUAACUGCGACUGUUUGGAGCACCCCGCCCCAGCUACAGAACUUCAGUCUGGAGGGGCACAGUAGCCAGUCCUCAUUGCACGAGGCCUUCACGCAAAGGGCAGUGAAUGCAGUGCAAACUGACCUGAGGAUUUUAACCUUUGUUUAAAACAUUUUUUUACUCCAUUUUUCCAAUCUUGCAAAUUAAAUCAUUGUAGCUUACCUGUAAUAUACGUAGUAGCUGACCUGGAAAAGUUGUAAAAAUAUUGCUUUA